UCACCCAGUUCCAUGGACUGUCUCCAGCUAAGGGAGGCUUCACUGGUUUGAGCCGAGGAUUGUUAUCACGCCCCCACACAGCACGCUGUGGUUGCAGCUAGCCAAGUAGCAUCAAAUGCUAAAUGGAAACUGAAAGCAGCCUCUGCACACUGACAAGGCAACUUUGACAGAGCAAUUGAUCUCCUCAGUUGGAAGCAGAGCAGCCCACAGUCUGUGCAGAGGGGCAGGCGAAGCAGCUGCAGUCACAGAAGGUGCCAGGGGGAGGAGGACCAGUUCCGCUGUGAAGGAUCAGAGGAGAAGGACGAGGGCUGCAGAUGGCUGGCUUUCUGGAUAACUUCCGCUGGCCGGAGUGUGAAUGCAUCGACUGGGGGGAGAGGAGGAAUGCUGUAGCCUCUGUCGUUGCAGGGGUUUUGUUCUUCACAGGCUGGUGGAUCAUGAUUGAUGCUGCGGUGAUAUACCCAACCCAGGAGCAGAUGAACCAUGCCUUCCACACAUGUGGGGUCUUCUCCACCAUAGCAUUCUUCAUGAUCAAUGCAGUUUCUAAUGGCCAGGUGAGAGGGGACACAUAUGGAGAGGGCUGCCUUGGGAGAACAGGAGCUCGUCUCUGGCUGUUCAUCGGCUUCAUGAUGAUGUUCGGCUCGCUCAUCGCCUCCAUCUGGAUCCUGUUUGGUGGCUUUGUGGUGCCCAAGAAGGAAGUGGCGCCAGGAUUGGCAGUGUUCUUUCAGAACGCCUUCAUCUUUUUCAGCACUCUGAUCUACAAGUUUGGCCGAACUGAAGAUUUAUGGGGCUAGAGGUUUCACGCUCAGCUUUACUCAUUUAUCCAUUAUCGUGCACAGUUGAAAAACAUGUUUUGUAACCUGCUGUUUUAAAAUUGAAAUGCGUCACCCCACCUUCACCCCCAAAACACAGACAGAAGAAUUGGUAGGAUGUUUUAUAAGCUGUUUUUAAAUAGCAACCCAUCAACCUCACUCCCAACAUAGACACAAGCUGAUAAUGUGGCAAACAACAGACAGUGUCGUAGCUGUUUUUGCUUGUGCUCCAUCUCUUUUCCAGUCCUUCCUGAUUUAUUAAAUCAUUGUUAUCCAAUUUCCCGUGAGAUGAGCAUGUGCUCCAUUGAUUAUCAACUGAAUUGCUGUUGCUUCAGUCAUAACAUUCCUUGUAGAUGUGUUUUGACUGGGCACCAUCAUUCACCCUCAGCUGCACACAUCUCAAGUCCUCAUUCAUAGCGUGCUCUUCUUGUGAAAAUCAUUUUUAAAUUGUUUGAAAAUGUAUUUGUCUUAAAUGAGGGAAUUCAUUUGUAGCCAGUUAGUUCAGUUCUGUUGCACGUUUGAUGCAUUUUUGUUCAUUUCAUCAUUUGUGCAGGUGGAGAUUUUGUGGGUUACAGUGCAAUUAAACUGUAGUGUAUCUCAAAGGGAAAUGAUUUUGUUAACCUUCUGCAGCUGCCCUGUUUUGUGUGCUUGCUUUUGAAAUGCAUCAUUUCCAAGAGACAGGUUAAUUUAUUGAUGUAGAAGUUAUGAUGUGGAUGUGGACUAAAAGUAGGGGAGCACAUACACCACAUACACAGAGGGAACAAAGCUCUUGUUGCCAUCUCCACCUUAGCUGCUCACUUUGUAUUUUUAUGUCAACAGUCGAUACAUGCACUGGAUUAUAUAAUCUUUUGAGUGAUGAGAGUAUUUCCUUUCGUAUGUCCCAUUUGUAUUACGGUCAGUUUCCUGUUACUAGAUGGGUCACUGUCGUUCUGCCUCAGGAUGAACCGUUUUUUGCUAACUUGUAGCUCUGUCUUGUCUUCUUGUACUCUAUUCCUGUUUAGGCUUAUCUGUUGUUUUUACCAGAAAAGGGACAUGUAUCUUUUAAAAUGAGAUGUAUUAAGAGAUGAUAGUGAUUUUUUAGCAAGCUGUCUGUAGCAAUUUGAAAGUAUUUAACAAAUAUAGUGAUUCGGUCAAAUGGACUAUAAUGGCAGGAAUUUAAGGACCUUCACUUGACUAUCACACAUUAUACACUCAGCCUGGCUGCAACAGAUAGAUCAAUUUGUCCUGUUGCAUCUGAACACACCCAACUUCAUGGACAGAAUGACAAUCUGAUAGAAAGACCAUGGUGUGAAAACAGCAUUUGGGGUUUUAAUAUGAAUUUUAACUACCACACAUCCACAGCCCUACCUGACAACAUUUUACUGACUCACUCAAGGAGAACACACAAUCCAGUCCCAUUUCUGUGGUUCCAUCAGGGAGUGUUGGAUAAUACAUGCGUACCCAUUUAACUGUCUGAGAGUGUCUCCUGUGUAAUGCCGCUCUUGGUAGCAGGACAGCAAUGCUUUACCCUUUAAUUUUGCUGAAAAUGGGUCCCAAAUGUUCCCC